CUGUAGCAGGUAAUUAGCUGAAAUUCUAUCCUAAUCUUCCACAUUCUACAUUCAAACCUUGGUACUAUGCAUAUAUAUAAACCAGCACAGUUCAUGUCCACCACCAAGAUCAAUCAGUCAGGUUCUCGAUCGAUCGAAUGGCUCCAUCAUCGAAGACGAGAGCAGGACGAUGCAAUCGGCAUGGAGCUGUGGAGGUUCCUGACGAUGAUGAUCAAGGUGGCUGCUCUACGCCCAAGGGUAAGAGUUUCAGGAUCCCAGAGGCACUGUCUUGCCCACCAGCUCCAAUGAAGGCAAAGAAACCACCUCCUCCAAAGUUCUGCUCAAGAGUUUCUACACCUGCAGUCGCCUUCUUCGCCCCCCUGGAGGAGGAACUAGAUCUCUUCUUCCUGUUUGCAUUUCGUAAGAUCUGAGGAAAUAUCAAGUUGUUUGUCUGCAACUUUUUGAGAGUUGCAGAAGCGGGUUCCACUUUUUUAGUCAGUGAGAUAUCAUGGGUUGGGAAUCUGCUUCUUAUUGGUUUCACAUCUUUUCCCUCUUUACUAUUAGGACAUAUAAGCACAGUUACUAUGUGAAUGUUGUUAAGAGAGGAUGAGUGAUAUAUAUCUUCGGGUCACUUUUUGGUGGGAUGACAAGUUCGAUUUAAUCCGACCUACUUGGUAUGUUUUAUCUGUUUUGGGCGCGUGAUAUUGAGACGAGAGAGUAUGAGUAUCUUCCUCGAGCUGAUUUGUAGUGACUCAUCCCAGUGUCAACCCUUUUUGACAAAUCAAAUUACAAUUUUACUUUUAUUACAUCAGGUUUUUUGUUAUCAUAAAUUAAUACAGAGGCGAUAAUUUGGCAUCUUGAAUAAUUUUAACUACAUUUA